AUGGCAAGUAAUAGUGAUAUAGCUUAUGCAGAUAAUAAAAGAUGGGAACAACUAAUAUCAUGUCAUAUGCCAAACUUACGUAUAUUUGACAUUCGACAUGAAGUUUGGCCAAAACAUGCUGAUAAUAAUCAACUAAUGUUAGAUACACAGAUUAAUCCAUUCACAUCUUCAUUCUGGAUCGAACGAAAAUGGUUUUUCACGUAUCAGUUUCGUCAAUCAAGAUUUUCAGAUUAUACAAUUUUCUAUUCAACAAAUCCAUAUAGAAGAAGAACUUAUAUAUUAUAUGAGCAAUCGGCGGGAAAAAUAUGUUUAAACACUGAGAAAACAAUUUUGAAUUCAGUACGUCAUGUUUAUGUGCAAAAUGAAAAAGGAGUGAUCAAUUGUAUGAACUAUUUUCCAAAUGCUACUGAACUUACUUUGAAAUAUAAUAUGAGCGUAUGUCGUGAUUCAAUUCUUAAAACAAUCAAAAAUAUUCUUCCUGUUCAACAACUUACUAAACUAGUCAUUGAAACUCAUUAUUUUUCUUUGAUAAAAAUAAGUAAAUUACUCUAUUUUAUGCCAAAUAUUCAAAUAUUAGCUUUGAAAUCUAUACCAUUGUAUGGAUAUACUUAUGAAGAUAUUGAGAAAAAUAAAAUUUUUCAAAUUGUAUCUAAUCGAAAUACUAUUCGAGAUGUCACUCUUGAAGAAACAUCUACAUUAGAUAAAAUUCAAUUACUUCUUAAAUUAUGUCCACGAAUGCAACAUCUGUCUUUGGAAACUCGUGCAAAGAACUUAGAAGCAAUUAUACGUUUAUUAUUUGAUGAAACUAAUCGCAAUGUUCAUCCAUUGAAUUCAUUGUGUCUUUUAAGAGCAAGUGAAUGUUGGCAACAAAAGAUAUAUAGACUAGUGCAAUCAGAAAAUUUAAACAUUACUUAUACAAUAAAAUAUAUUCGUUCAAAUUUAUGGUUAUGGUGGUGA